AUGUCGGCCGACGAUCUGGUCGUGGACGACCUUAUUCCCUUGCGCUGGGGUAUCAGCAGCGCCCACGUCAAUCUUCUCCCGCCCGACAAGGACCAGGACGCAGCAAUAUCCCGGAUUCUCUCCGACAGCGAAGCAAUGAAGUUCCUGCAGUUCAUGACAAAGCCCAACGGAUACAGCCUCGCCGACGUGGCGAAGAGGCGCCAGUACAGAGACCAGGGCCAGAGAAACAAGAAACUUCUCAACUUUACCAUUGCUCUCAAGCAGUCGCAGAUCCCGGACCAACUGCUCGACAAGAUAGACCAAGAGGAGUUCCUGCCUCCACGGCGAAUCCCCGUGGACGGCAUUAGCGGCUGUAUAGACAUGGACGAGUCCUAUUUGGUCAUUGGGUGCUGCGGAUUGAACAACAUUGAAGGCUACAAUCGGUGCUCCGAGGCAGGAAUCAUUUUGGACGCAAGGUUCUGGCGGUCAGGCGUGAGCUCGGCUGCGAUGUAUUUGGUGCUAAAGUACGGAUUCGAAACCAUGCGUUUGCACCGGAUUGCCCUGUUGACCACUAAAGAUAAUAUCGGCAUGCGCGGGUGGUUGGAGCGGACAAUCGGUGUUAGUGUGGAGUGCAUUCGAAGAGAGGUACUGUAUUUGGGCAGUGGCAAGUAUUUGGACUCUUGGGAUUACGCCGUGUUUGAUCGGCAUUGGCACGAGCACGCCGAGCGCAAACUGCUUUCUCGCUUGGGAGUUUUAAAACAAUAG